GCGAAACCAGAACGAGUCCAGCUCGUUUUCCGCAUCCAGUUUUCAUGUCCUCUGACAGACGCUACUACUUCGGAGCGGAUCUGGAGGACAAUGGGGGUGCCAUCUGCCAGGACAACGGCAACAACAACAACCACGAACCGGAAGUGGACAAGGACGACCAGGAUGCGGACGACUCGGAGUUCCUGCAGGACGUGCCCUACUCCUCGAGCAGCAUCGACCGCAGCUCGGUGGGCUCCAUUCCGUGGGCGGACGACGCCAUCAAGAAGAACCUGCUGGACUGGGAGCGAGUGGAGCGGCUGAUGAGCGGCGAGGAUCCGCUGGCGGAGCUGCCGGAGCCGGAGUUGCGCAACGAGAUCGCCGACUGGCACCGCAAGUUCCCCAGCCUGCUGGGCCGCAGGACUCGUCCGCUGCGACACCACAGUUUCGAUAGCCAGACGCGAGAGGACAUCGACUCGAUUUCAAAUCUCAGCCUGAACUCCCUGGACGACGACGACGUGGAGGAUGACGACGAGGAGGCGGAGGAUGGCUUUCUCACGCCCAAAGCGGAGGAACCGCCGCCGCAGCAGUCCCACCAUCGUCCCUACUUGCGUCCCAGCCAAACGAAGCUGGUGGAUCUACUGGACAGGGAUCUGCGGGUCACCUCCGUCUCGGUGAAGCUGCUCAAGCGCCAACGCAGCCAGCUGCCCAUCUCGGCCACCACCCAAUCCUCGGCCCGCCUGCGCAUGCCGCCCAUCCUGAACGUGCUGGACACCAACCGGCGCUUCCGGGGAUUGCUCAACAACCGAAGCUUCGUCCAGCUCACCCAGGUGCAGCAGAAGGAGCAGCUGCAGCAUCAGAACCAGGCCAAGUCAGCGGUUUUACCUCACCAAAGCCAUCGGUCGUCCGCCUGGCACAUGCCCAUGGCGGCCAAUCGGUUCUUCAACAACAAGAACGCCGUGGUGCUGCCCUCGCUGAACCUGGGCAGGCACAGCAGGGAGUUGCUGGCCACCACGACGGCCACUUCGAGCCAGAGCAACUCGAGCGGCGGCGGCGGGCACAACAGUCACGGCCACAGCAACAGUUCCUCCCAACGCUCCACGCUGCAUCCGUUUGGAGCGACCAGCGUUUCCAGCAACACACCAUCCACGGGGCGGUCCAUCUCGGCGGCAGUGCAUCAUCCGCGAUCCGAAUUCGCCCCCAGUAGCGCCUUCUACAUACCCUACAGUGCCUCGAAAUUCAAAGCCUUCAAGUAACCUCAAGCAAUAAAACUGAACUCAAAGGAG